UCGUGAUGUAGCUACGGGCUGAUCUUCGAUGCCUCGAUUCACGUGGAUUUUCAGCUUCUGUCUGUCACGGGAUGACUCAGAUGCUCAAUCGGAACUGGAUUAUGAGAACUGCAAACUUGCUUCGGUUCCUGAUGAAGUUUUCCUGCAUGAGAGAACGCUUGAAAGACUUUACUUGAGUAGCAAUUUGAACAUUGCGUAUUUCAUCAACAAAGGAAUAUUAAAUUGUUUCUUGCAGCUCGAAGACUUGCCGAGGCCCCUGUUUCACUGUCAAGGCUUGCGUUACUUGAAUCUCAGUGACAACGAUCUGCAGUCGAUACCGCCUGCGAUAGCCUCACUGCUGGCUUUAGAGACAUUGGAUGUUUCAAAAAACUGCCUAGCGGAGUUGCCCGAGAACAUCAAGGGAUGCAAACAACUACGAGUUCUUAAUGCUUCCCUCAAUCCGCUGUGCUCUUUGCCGGACAGCGUUACACAGAUUGCUAGUCUUGAAGAAUUGUAUCUGAACGAUACAUUAUUAGAAUACCUGCCCUGUGAAGUGGGUCGCAUGAGUCGACUUCGUGUUUUAGAAGUUCGCGACAAUCACCUCGCUGUACUUCCCAAGAGUCUUGGUCGUCUUCCAGUCUUAUUUCGAUUAGAUUUGGGACAGAAUGACUUCACUGAGUUUCCUGACGUGAUUGGGGAAAUGAAGAACAUACGAGAGCUGUGGUGUGAUUCUAACCGCCUCAGAAAAAUUCCAUCUGUAUGUCAAUCGAAGUUCAGUUUUUUGGCAGUGAUAGGGAAUUGUUCUCACUUGCAACUGUUCGAUGUGAGCGAAAAUAAUCUCGAGGAGCUUUGUUGGGAGCUGAGUCAGUGUUCUGCCUUGGAAACCCUCACAUUAUCGAGGAACGACUUAGAAAGUCUCCCGGAAAUCUUCGGUCCAAUGAAGAAUCUCAAGUCCUUGAAGUUGGAUGAAAAUCUUCUUCGAAGUAUUUCGAGUAGUGUCGGAGGAGCAUCCGGAAUCGAAGAAUUACAUUUAGCGCACAACAAGCUGACCUCUUUGCCUUCGUCUGUGGGAUUGCUUCGUAAACUUCAUACUCUUUUUCUUGAUGACAAUCAGCUUCAAGAUCUCCCAUUCGAGUUGGGAAGUUGCAUGAAUUUACGUGUUCUGUCCGUAAGAGGAAACCAAAUAGGAUAUGUUCCUGCCGAACUUGGUCAUCUGCAUCGUCUGCGCAUUCUUACGUUGACUGAAAAUAAGAUCAAGUUUUUACCCUGUGCCCUAUCUCAACUCCGUGAACUUCAGGCGUUGUGGCUGUCAUCAAACCAAAGAAAGCCGUUAGUUCCAUUGGUCUCAGCAAAUGAUGAAGAAACUGGACAAAAGGUGCUAACCUGUGUACUCCUUCCGCAAAUUUCUCCGGCUCAAGACAACGGCAUCGAACCUCCUGAGCAAGCAGCUACUUUAAGACGGAGGCGCUCACGGGCAGGGAAUCGUUCAAAAGAAAGAAUCGAUGGCUCUGUGGUAAAAUUCGCUUCAACAGAUCCUGCCCCAAUGGCAGUGGUAGGGCUUCCCAACGCGAACGACGAUCAGAACGCGUUCUGUCAUUUGAACCGGAUUCCAACUCCCCUUCCGCGGGAUAUGAAAGCUUGGGCACGGAACCGUGUACCUCCACAUCCUCCUCCUCCUGACAUAGUUCCAACAUCUUCAGGAAGCCAGGUUCGUCCUGAUAUCCACGCGGAGACCAAGUUUUCGCCGCCAGUGUACAGACGAUCGAAAGGGCGGAGAGAAAUGAAGCUUGAAGGCGACGGCGGUGUGUUGCCUGUUGGUACUUCUCCAUGUGCGAACACGAUGGCAGAGGGUAGUCAGCAUCAUUCCCGUCGUUUCGUGCCAUCGCGGGGAUAUGUGCAUAAAGAAUCAUGCCAUAGGAUACACGAGAUUCCACCUCCUCUAUUCGACAGUGAUGAUAAUGAAGUGGAUUCCACCGGGAGCUGCAAAGGCGAGUAGAAGCACUGUACUGUAUUUUUACCCGUUGGGAUCCCGUUUGAAGCAAUAAGCCGUUUGUCGGCCUCCUUACAUUGUUUCGGUUGUACUUUUGCUGAUCUGUGUAUUCCGUUACUUUCCAUCACGUCUUUUCCGACGAAAAUUCAUAUCGCGACCAUGGCGUAGCGUUCGAAUUAGUGAAAAUGUUAUUAAAAAGUAGGAAAGGCUGCUUUUACUAAUCAGUUUACCAAACUGGCGAUUUUUCUGCUGAGAAAAUGAACGAAACUCUGAAGAAGAAUAUAUUCCUUUUGUAAACUUUAGUCGAGGCGUUUUGCAGCAUAUCGGAAACGUUUGAGCAAGGAAUUGACAAAGUUGACGGACGGUACAUGUAUGCAAUACUGUAUAUUCUACCAGUUUUGAUUCAAUUGUUCUCAGUACGAAAUAAAUUCUAACAGAUUAUGUCAAGUUGUGAUACAGGGUGCAUUACAAUUUUCAAAUGAAUUUUUGAAAUGGUAUGAUGCUAUGAUCUCUCCCGUCACAGUUCUUUCGAGGAGAAUAGAGUAUGAUCUGAAUUGAAUAAGUUGAAAAUCGCCGUAGUCGCAGCUAGAGAUGGUCCAUUAAUUUUUUGCAUUGAUAACGUAAAACUAAAGACGAGUUCACUGUGGCUUUUGUAUGAUAAGGAAAAACCGAAUUCGAGGUCACCUGCCAUCCCGAUUACGAUUUCGUUCUACAGUACUUCGCAAUAGAAGUAAGAUUUUAAAAUGAAAACAUUGCAGUGUCUUAUUUGCAAAGAGGACGAUGUUGAGAAGUAUAAAAUAGUUAACUGUGAAAUCUGCCCAGCGAACUUGAGGAAACACAGCUGAACGUCGAAUUUAUUUCCUUCAAGAAAUAUUUCCUAAAAUGCGAAGGCAAUUCUGAUUAGAAGUUUUAGGCUGUGGGAAUUACGUGGAUCAAUAUUAUUGAUGCACUUGCGACAUUUGGAAGUGAUUCCAUGGCACGCGCUCUUGAUUUACGUUACUAAUUGAAUGUUCACUUUAUGAAUUUAGUUGAAGGACGUGCGGUGAAUCGUCGGCUUUUUUCUGUAAUGCCUGCUGUACCUAUUUCAUACUCUGAAUCAAAAUCCAUCGCCAUGCGAAGCAGUGGCAGCGGUCAUUCAAGUGGCGGAUCUUCUGAAAACUCCGUGCGCACGGGACCUGAUUCGCCGUCUUCUGCAAACGGAUGCCCCAUUUACGCCACAAUGGCUGGACCUCGUCCUCAACCGGUCGGGCGCAGUGAUGUGCCCCAUUUUCCGGACGAUGGAUUGUACGUUUGAAGCUGCUUGACGUCUCGGUAAUGUAACGCAAAACAAAUUUUCAAGUUUUUGCAUUUUGAGAUGAGUUUUUUCUGUCGUCAUAUCCUGUUGUAAAAAAUGGAGCAAAAAAUUGGCGAGUUUUGUAGAACUUGAGCCGUCCUACGUUUUUACAUUGUGAUGGAAUCGCUCAUUCCAUGAGAUCUCUUAUUGAAUUUUGUCCGACGACGUUUUUUUUUUUUUGAAGCAAAGCUGAUGCUUCGUUUCUGUUCAGUUUUUUUUAAUCCCUCCAUAGUUUAUCAAAUUUUUAAUUGGGAGGCAGCAAUGUGUCAUUGCAUUCUCCUGGAACUUAUAUUCCAAAGACGAUGCAUGCUGCAUCGUGAUCGUCCCAGAAUCUAAAUCCUAAGAUGGGCUUGUUUGUGGUUUACAAAAGCCUUCUGGACGAAACGCUGCUAUUUUUAAUAUGCAGUUUUUUUUUACCCGGAAUUAUCUCAAUACUCAUAGUAUUAUGUUGCCAAAUUUUCGGUUGCCGAUCGCUUGAGCAUGAUCGGGCUUGCUUUUUCGUGAUACCGGAAGUUGUGUCAUCCUGACGUAUAUGCGGAACGAAUCUGAUCGCCAUGAGGCCGUGUUGAAAACAGCCGGAAUAGCGGUAAAAGUAGAAGAUGUUCAUAACGUGUAGUUGUUUGUUCAGUGGCGUUUGGGUAAAUCUCAGAAUCUGCGAUAGGGAUGACAAUUUCAUUCCUAACACUUUUCUUUUUGAUACUGUAUUUUUGCAAAUAAGUUUCGAACGAAACUCAUCCUUAUUUUCGUGUCUUCGCUGCACAGAAACAGAUCAGCGUUCGUUUGACCGAAGUGUACCGAAACCAUCGAACCUUUGACAGCUGACUUUUUCUCACAUCGCUGACUUCCGUGAAUGCUUUUGAAAUUUUGUACCCUGUGGCUUGUUUUGUGCCUAUUCUUUCGGAAAACUGGGAUUUUUUUGCGUUGCUCAAUCGGGCCUGAUUCACUGGUUCUGUGUCCGAAAUUCGACGUAAUAAUGGAAUAAAGGCAUAUUUUCCUUUA